AGCUCGGCGCACCUGAGUGGACGAUCUGCGGCUGAGCCCAACUGGACGGAACGACCAGUGCCGGGACACAGCGAGGAACAGCGAUCAGGCAUCACUGCGCACUUCAGGGAAGAGGGCAAGGCGACUGCAGACAGGUUCUAUCUCCGGUAAAGAUGAGCACAGUGUGGGUAUCUGCAUGCCUGGUGUCUCUGCUGAUGUCGAGCACGCUGUGCCAAAGGCAGACAUUUGACAGGCUCCUGGAGAAGUGGGACAGAGACAUCGACAUCCUGAACAGGAACCGCAACCUGCUGCUUCCAGCCGGGGUCCAGAAGAGCCAGACCCCGCAGCACCGGCCUCUGGCCCCAAAGAGGAGCCCCCAGGGGUCUCGCUUCUCCCUGUCGCUGGACGUGCCUACCCGCAUCCUCAGCGUGCUCAUCGACCUGGCCAAGAACCAGGACAUGCAUGCCAAGGCAGCCGCCAAUGCCGAGCUGAUGGCCCGCGUCGGCAAGAGGAAGUAGGGGUGCAGGUGGGGCUGGCUACUACAUUUGAGUGUUAAGGGGGCUGCAAAUCAAAACUGUGUAAUGGUAAACACAGCAAAAUCCCAGUUAUCACAAUGUAAGGUCAAUACCAAACAAAUAUCAACACAAAAACAAUACAAAUCUAAAUCAUAUUAAAGUUUCUCUCCUUACUGAUAUACUUCAUCUGUGCUAAAAGUAUAACACAAAUAUAGCAACAACAACAACAACAGCAAUAUGAUAUGAUAAUGAUGAACAUGUGCUUUAUUUAUAGACCUAAAGAUAAAUAAAAUACAAAGACAGCACUGUAGCAACGUUAUUGCUAAGCAUCACUGUGGCUUUAAUCAGAUAAGAGGUUUCUUUCCUUCAGCAAAUCAGUGAUAACUGAGAAUGGCUCAACUGACAGCCACUCAGAAAAAUGAGAUUGAUUUGCUCUGACUACAAAGAUAGAACAAGAGAUUGUUCUGUGGGCGGGGACUCCGGAUACAAUAAAGUCUGGAUAUUUGUGUAAAUGGGCAUCAGUUAAGUGUAUUUUAUUGCCGUCAACAUAAAAUGCACUGGUUAACGUACAAAAAAGUCAACUGAAAAAUAUAAAAAGCUACUUUGUGAAAAAAAGGAGUGAAAAUUCUUCCCCUGAUUUAAUAAGAAAGCUUGGCUGUAAUGUUUCAGCAUCACAGAUGAUAUGUCACUUUUUUCCUUUUUUCCAGAUGCGAUAACUUGUUUGUGUAAUUUAUCAAAUGAAACUAAAAAACAGUAUAAUCCUGUGUAUUCUCUGCUUGUGCUUCAAAUGUUUUGGUAGCCAUUUUGUACAAAGGCCUCCGCCAAGCCAGUCAGAAACAUUUGUAUUGUAAACAACAUAAAUAUAAUCCAUUAAUCCAAUAUUUUGAUGUAGUAUUAAAUGUGGGUAAAUGUAAUAAACAACCCAAAAAAGGAAA